GGGUUUGUGUUAGACUUAGGCAAAAACUAUCAGACAAAACGGGACUCAAUGCCCGAAGACAAGCUCCACAAAGUCUAUACAUUCAACUCAGUCCGCAAAUCCAUGUCUACAGUCAUCCCAUUGGAUAACAACGAAGGCUUCCGGGUCUUCACGAAGGGCGCCUCUGAGAUCGUGAUGAAGAAGUGUAUGUUUAUAUACGGAAAGGACGGUACGUUACUCCGGUUCCCAAAGGAGGAACAGGAGAAGCUCGUCAAGAACGUGAUCGAACCCAUGGCCUCGGACGGCCUCCGGACCAUAUGUAUCGCCUAUAAGGACUACGUCCGCCGUAAACCUAACGGUCCCAAUGAGAUCCAGAUGGAGGCUGAGCCCGACUGGGAGGACGAGGAGGCGAUCAUCACUCGACUCACGUGCCUCACCAUUGUUGGCAUCGAAGACCCCGUGCGGCCUGAGUCCUUUCCGUAUAUAAACAUACACUUCUUCAUCACGAUCUCAGAGGCGCCCUAA